AUGAUAAUUGACCUGGAGCUGCCUGCUCGGUCUUUUACCCUGAUCGAGCCUUUUCCAACCGGCUACAUUCAGCGAGGGCCUGAUCAAGAUGUGGAUCCACAGGGUGUCUGUGUGGUCCGUGCUCACCUGGGUUGUUGUUUCCAUCGCUCGUCACCCAGCGACAGCUUUACUUCAGUACUCUACUACGGAACUUCUGUGACUCCGCUUUUGCUUGGCUGUCUCUCCACCUGUGGCUCUUUACCUCUAUCCAGACAUCGCUUUCAAGCCCCGCCGCAGUCCAAAACUCGUCGUCCUCCCCGCAAAACUGACCGGGCUGUUGACCACAACGUGCUGGCCCACCUUGUUAGGGCGGCUAAGCCUACUGUCAGACAUGGUAAUUCCAGUAUCAACUUUGGUCUAUUAAACAUCCGCUCUCUUACUGGUAAGGGGCAUCUCGUCCAGGAUCUCCUCUCAGACCGGCUCCAACCUGUGUUUGUGCUGCAUGGGAACGAUUUACACUUGGAUAUAGAGAAAGCUGUUGUACUUGACAAAAAGACUGACUUCUUCUGGAAGUUUAAUACCACUAAUUAUGUUGGUAAAAUCAGUUAUAAUAAAGAGGCAGUAUUGUUUGACAGCUAUGAAGGAAGAGCUGAUUUUUUUGGACAUAAUUACUCUUUGGUAUUAAAAAAUGUAAAACACGAUGACAGUGGAGAUUAUACUGCAGUAGUGACUGGGGGAAAAGAGCAAAGGGUAGGUGAAUUCAAGGUCAAAGUCCAAGAUCCAGUGUCUGCAGUUAAUCUGACAUUGACCUCCAGCAGCUCAGACUCCUGUAACCUGACUGUAACCUGCACUAUAGUGGACCUGAACAUCAGCCGUACUUUUAAAUGUGAUGCUCACAACUGCUCUCUGUUGGGAGAAAAUCUCAGCAGCACAGACAUGCUUUCCUCUCUGAUUGUUUACCUGCAGCAAGACACCGUCUUUUGUAAUCAUAGCAAUGAAGUAAGCUGGAAAAAUAGCACGAUGGUGCUAAAAUCUCAAUGUGACAUGAAGUCAGGCCACAUAGAUGCCAACAAUACUAUCGUGACUGUGUGUGUUGUGGUUGCCAUCAUCAUAAUCCUCGUUGUAGGUUAUAUUCAUCAUCGAACGAAACAAAAAAAUACCAGAGAAACCAUUGAAAACACAGUGUAUGCAGUUCCUGAGACCAGCAGCAGCAGAGGUGGACAGAGACAACUGUUACUUCAACAGAAGGUUGACAUCGAAGUAAAAAAUGAAAGGAAGAGAGACCAGCUGCACCAGAAGUUAGAGCAUUGUGUGCAUAUUCUAUCCAUGUGUUAUCCAAACAACACCACCUGUGGAACAGAGUCCAAUCAGUGAUGCUUCUCCAACAUCCACCUAUAGCUUUGUGAGACCUCACACUGGACCCAACGGAUCCACUGAGGCCAGAAGCAAAGCUUUGCCUGAGAGCUUGUAUGCCCAGGUAGAAAUUCAUCCCAGAUCCUAAAACC